AUUGAAACAUACAUCUAUUUUUAGAUGACAACCAAAUAUUUAUUACCCUCAUUUUCACACUUCAGUAUCCUUUAAACAUUUUCUGCAUAGUUUACAUACACAUACGAAACAUCUAGUGUGUGUGGGGGGACUCAUUCAUCAAUGGCUAUUGUUGCAGCAGUUGUUAUCGUCCUUAUGGGCGUUGUAUUUUUCAUCUCUGGUCUCUUCAUCAAUCUCAUUCAGGCUGCUUGCUUUGUUCUUAUACGGCCAUUUUCGAAGAGCACAUACAGGAGGAUUAAUAGAAUUCUUGCAGAACUUUUAUGGCUGGAGCUUGUGUGGUUAGUUGAUUGGUGGGCUGGUGUAAAGAUUAAACUUUACAUGGACUCAGAAACAUUCAGAUUAAUGGGUAAAGAACACGCCCUACUGAUAGUGAAUCAUAAAAGUGACAUUGAUUGGCUUGUUGGAUGGAUCUUAGCUCAGAGAUCCGAUUGCCUUGGUAGCACAUUAGCUGUUAUGAAGAAAUCUUCAAAAUUCCUUCCUGUACUUGGUUGGUCCAUGUGGUUUUCUGAGUAUCUGUUCCUUGAAAGAAGCUGGGCUAAGGAUGAAAGCACGUUAAAGUCAGGUCUUCAACGGCUAAGGAAUUACCCUCAACCUUUCUGGCUGGCACUUUUUGUUGAAGGCACUCGCUUUACACAGGCAAAGCUUUUGGCUGCUCAAGAGUAUGCAGCCUCAGCAGGACUACCUGUUCCGAAGAAUGUGUUAAUUCCUCGUACUAAGGGCUUUGUCUCAGCAGUAAAUCAUAUGCGCUCAUUUGUUCCAGCUAUUUAUGAUGUGACAUUUGCCAUUCCUAAAAGUUCUCCAGCACCAACAAUGCUGCGAAUCUUCAAGGGUCAAUCUUCUGUGGUUCAUGUGCACAUCAAGCGCCACAAGAUGAAGGAUCUACCAGAAAAUGAUGAUGCCAUUGCUCAAUGGUGUAGAGAUAUCUUUGUGGCCAAGGAUAAGCUAUUAGACGGACAUAUUGCUGAAGACACCUUUGGAGAACAAACGCUACAGAAUGUUGGCCGCCCAGUGAAAUCCUUCGUGGUCGUUACAUCUUGGGCGUCUGUACUCACAAUUGGUGCUAUCAAAUUCUUACAAUCGUCAACAUUAUUUUCUUCAUGGAAGGGUAUUGCAAUUUCAGCUGGUCUAUUGGCUGUUGUUACAGUUCUUAUGCAAAUCUUGAUAAGAUUUUCUCAGUCGGAACGCUCAACACCAGCCAAGCCAAAUCGUGUUAAUCAGCAUUCAGGAAAUGGACAAGAAAAUCAACACUAGCACACAUCUCACAUCUGAGACAAGAGAUUACACCAGCAAUGUUGUAGCCUUAAGUCUUUGAGAAUUAGAUUAUAUAUUUAUCGUGCAGCAAGUUAUACUUCCAUUUAAUUUCCGCCUAUGUUGCGUUUUUUUUUUACUGUUGUCUAGAUCUACUUGUGUGUAUCUUGAUUAUUCUAUUAGAUACAUAUUAUCUCCUUCCAAGAGAGGUAUCGAGUAACUGUGACAAUCAAGACUUGUGCAAAUGAGAAUACUCUUGCGUGUAAGAUGUUUGGCAAAAUUGUCCAAUUUUGAAUAGUUGAAGAACAAAAUUUCCCCUUUU